UGAGUUUACCGGGUAGUUACUGUUUGAGUGAAUGCAGCUGCCACGAUGUCGUUUUGGCAAGCGGUUGCGCGGGGGAACUGGCGGGUUUUGUGGUACCCGCGAAAUUCUUACUUCUUCUCAGAGCCCAUCAACGGGGCAGAAACAAAAUUUCCUUUUCCCUUUUUUUACCUCCUUUUUACAGUCUCAAAUCUCCGAUCACAAUUUCGAAAUCUCUGUCCCAAAUCGGAGACCCAAAACCCAGAUGCCAAAUCCCUCCUCUUCUUCUUCUUCAUCUCCAAUCCGUGUGCCGGCAAAUGCUCCACUGGACUUCUUCUUCUCAAGCGGCGCCGUUUUCCGGUGAUGUAACGGACCUGGUUUCCCGCUCGACGCGUGGUGUCUGAGUCCAACUCAUGCAGACCGGCCAAGACCCUCGACUUCCACUACGCCGCUGCUGACACCAUCGGGAUUUGGUCUCCGCCACAUCUUUUUUUCUCGUAUGGUUAGUAGGGUUGUUGGCCCUUUUUCUCCAUAAGCUAUCAGCCAUGUCUUGACAAUCUCAAUCAGUUGUGUGCCUUGUACUCUUUGCUUUGAAAUCUCUGAUUUCUCGAUUCUGACGCGAGGCCGGUUGUGGGUUUUCUCUGAUUCGUCUGUUCAUUGAACAAAGGUGAGAUUUUUUUAAAAAUGGUCUGUGAGAUUGAAGACCCAGAUUAGGUCUUCUGGGUCUUUGUAUAUUCUCUGUGUUUUGGAUGUUUGGUUAAUGUGUGAACUGUGAACUGUCCUGGCUUUUGAAUUGCUGUUCAGUAAUUAGGUCUUCUGUUUACUGAUGCUGAACCUCGUUGGCUAGGGUAAACGAGUGCCAGAUGCUCCUGAGUCCUGAUGUGUUCAUGCUGAUGUAGUUUCCCCCUUUAGGAAUGCAAGGCUUAGAAAGAAAAGUACUUUAACGGACCUACUACUGCCCGAUCGAUGCUCAGUGGAUUCUUUUGUUAAGGGAGCAUUAAACGAUUCAGUCUUUCACUUUCAGUUAUCAGAACCUUUACUCUUUGCUUGAUACUUCACAUGCAGAAGCAAAGGAACUCUUUCCAAUUGCAAACUCCAUCCACCAUCAUGGACGCCAACAAUGCUGCCGACUAUUCACCAAUCGGUUCUCCGCCUUCCCCCAAGCUGAAUAACUACCGCAAAGUCUCAAUCCUCCCACUUGUGUUCCUCAUUUUCUAUGAAGUCUCUGGUGGACCCUUUGGAGUCGAAGACAGUGUCAAUGCUGCCGGACCACUCUUAGCUAUCCUCGGGUUUCUCGUCUUCCCAUUGGUAUGGAGCAUCCCGGAGGCCCUAAUAACAGCAGAGCUCAGCACAAUGUUCCCUGAGAAUGGUGGCUACGUGGUCUGGGUCUCCUCAGCUCUCGGCCCUUUCUGGGGUUUUCAACAAGGCUGGAUGAAAUGGCUGAGUGGUGUAAUCGACAAUGCACUAUACCCUGUCCUGUUUCUCGACUACCUGAAACCUGCAAUCCCAGCGCUAGAAGACGGCUUCAUAAGAAUGGUGGCGGUUCUUGUAUUAACGGUUAUGCUCACACUCUUGAACUAUAGGGGACUAACCAUAGUAGGAUGGGCAGCUAUAUUGCUGGGAGUGAUCUCACUUCUCCCAUUCCUCCUCAUGGGAGUGAUUGCAUUUCCUAAGCUCGAGCCUUCGAGGUGGCUGGUGGUCGACUUCGGCAAAGUUAACUGGACAUUGUACUUGAAUACUCUCUUCUGGAACCUCAACUACUGGGACUCGAUUAGUACUCUAGCAGGAGAAGUCGAAAACCCUGGUAAAACCCUACCCAAGUCGCUCUUCUAUGCACUUAUCCUAACCAUUUUCAGCUACUUGAUCCCGUUAUUAGUGGGAACUGGUGCACUACCCGUUGAUCAGGAUCGCUGGACCGAUGGUUACUUCUCGGAGAUAGCCAAGGUUCUGGGUGGCGUGUGGCUAAUGUACUGGGUUCAAGCAGCUUCUGCAGUAUCGAACAUGGGGAUGUUCAUGGCCGAAAUGAGCAGCGACUCAUUCCAGCUCCUGGGGAUGGCGGAAAGAGGAAUGCUUCCCGAGUUCUUCAGCAAGAGGUCUAGAUACGGGACCCCUUCGAUCGGGAUACUGUUCUCUGCAUCAGGGGUUGUGCUGCUCUCAUGGAUGAGCUUUCAGGAGAUUGUUGCAGCAGAGAACUUCUUGUACUGUUUUGGGAUGAUCAUGGAGUUUGUUGCGUUCAUUAAGCUGAGGAUUGAUUACCCGGGAGCAAUGAGGCCUUUCAAGAUCCCUCUCGGGACUGGUGGAGCUGUUGUGAUGUGUAUUCUUCCAGGCCUAUUGCUGGUGGUGGUUAUGGUGAUUGCUCCUUUGAAAGUUAUGGCAAUUAGCGCGGCGGCUAUUGUUGUUGGGCUCGGUAUGCAUCCUUGUUUGCAGUAUGCUGAGAGGAAUCACUGGCUGAAGUUCUCCAAGAGUUCUGAACUUGUAGACAUCCAUUCUUCCUUGACUUCUGUUUAGUGGUACUAAAGUACUCAACUUUGCCAUGUGUCUUCCUUUGUUUAACUAGUAGAAGAAGGAAAAGGAAGAGCAGUGAUGCACUGUGUAGUUCUAGUUAGUUUAGUCAGCUGUUCCUCUGUUUGUACUAAAUGCCAGCUCUGUGAAAUUUUUGGUAAUCUAUUUACUGUUUGAUUAUACACUGUGCGUUGAUAUCCUUGUUUGCAUUAGACUUUGGAUAUGGAAGAAUUAUUUUCAGUCUCUCGUCUUUUUGGGUUUUUUUCUUUCUCUAUGAUGAGUUGUUGUUCUUCAUACCACGCCAGCUUCCGACACAUGUUUCAGGCAGAAACAUUUGUCAUCUACCAAAUGAAAUCCGCAACCAGGUAAUACUCUAAUGUGUCCUAUUUGGGUUCUUCUCUCGUAUUAGGGAAGUUGGAUAAAAAGCCAGAAUUUGU